CCAAUUGGAAUUGGUUAAAUAUUCUACGGAGUUUGAGAAUGUACAAACGAAAUUUCUGAAAAAAAUAAAAUUGUUACGGCGAAAGAUAAAGAUGAAAUACAGAUUGUAAAUAGUUGGAAAAGGAUAGAUAAGCUAACUAAUACACAAAAAAUUCUUAAAGUUGUUGUACUAGUAAGUGAAGAAGAAGAAGAAGAACAGGAACAAAUGAAGAUUAGAGAUAUCAACACUGAUUUUAAGGAUUCUAGUAGUAGUAAUAAGAGAGCUAAAGUUAAGAUUGUUGAGUUAGAUAGUGAUGGCAAAGAAGUUGUAGAAAUAAUUAAACAAGUUGAAAGUUUUGAAGAAGAAGAAAAAGAAGCUGUGGUUGUUAGAGAACCCUUAUUAGUAUUUGGAGAAGAUUUAAUGUUAAUGAUAUUGAAUCAUCUUGAUGCACAAGGAGUUGCUAGUUGUUUACUUGUCUCUCAUGGUUGGAGUGAUGUUGCUUCAAGUGAUUCUCUCUGGACUAAAAAGUGUGAGGACCUGUGGUUCGGGAAAGCACAUAUGCCACGAUUAUUACCAGGAAUUUCUAGGUUGGCAGCUUAUUCAUUUUCGAUGAUGGAUGCCAGACGUUCCCGCAUCAUGACGGAGGAUCUUUGUGACCACGUAUGGCAGUUUCGCUUUAAGAAGGAACAUUUUGGAUCAUAAGAAACCCAAUUUGGGCCCAAUUGAGAAAACUGUGUUAUGACAGGAGGCUCCCGAAUAUUGGCGUAAUCUUGAUCCUUCAUGGAAGGGAAUCGGCCCUCCGAUGCUGAGGUACUUCCACCCAGAUGGCUCACAAAGUGCAGAUCCUGAUGAUCAGGUUUGGGGUGGCCAUGAAUGCACUUUUUCCACUGUUACAACCUUUGUGGCUGACGGGAACAUUACGUCAGAAUUAACAGAUGGCCGCCUAUGACCGUAUCAAGGAACAAGGAUUGGAGUUGGGAGCUGGGAAACCAAUUGUACUGGUACUCGAGCACUCCCGACGCCACCAAGGAGGGUGGCACUGGACCAUUGUUCCCAGCGUGGUAACUGAAUCUCAACUGGUGUGUAAACGAGGAACCUGUCAACUUAUCUCAUCAAUCUAAGCUUGGUCUGUUGCUGAAUGUUUUCCAUGUUCUAUUUUAACUAUUUUUUAUGUUCCACAAACUAUAAAGAGACAUAGUGAUGUCCGAAUAGUGCAGCUAAACUGUUACAUCUUCAACGGCUGUGUUACAUAUGCUGCGAUCAGUAAUGACUUGUUCUUUAUUUUCUUCUAGUGGUAAUAAAUUUGUUGGGUCGUUCUAAAUUAAAUAAAUUGGUCGGCUCUCAGAGAAAUAACUUGUUCUUUAUUUUCUUCUAGUGGUAAUAAAUUUGCUGGGUCGUUGUAAAUUA